AUGGUGCGCUGGGCCAGGGGAAGGUGCCGGCGGCGGCGGCGGCGUGCCGGGAGGCCCGGUUCCAGGUCGUGCCUGGUGUCCUCCGGUGCCGCCGCCGCCGCCGCCAGCGAAGGCUGCUGCCUGCUGCUGAGAGGGGCCUCCCUGAAGUCCGUCCUCAAGUACUCCGUAGCGCAAGGUAAGGAGGAGAAAGGUUCUGAGCACUCUGCCACUGUUGCUUUUCCAAGAGCAUUCGCAAUCUACAAUGAUCGUUUUGAGCUGGUCCUUGGUCAAUCAAUGGUUUAUGCUACUAAUCCUUAUGCUGACCAACACUAUUGCUUGCUUUUCUCCUUCUCCAGUGUGACCACCCGUAUGUUCUAUUAGUUUCGGGCCAGUCAUAUUUGAAAUUUCUCUGAUUGAAGCUGCAGUUGAG